ACCUUUUUGGCCUCCUAUCAUAUGAGCUCCUUUUUUUUCUCUUCUUCUCCCCUAUAAAUUUGUAUCUCACACUGAGAGAGAGAGAGAGAUGUACUAACUGAUGAACUGCUCUCAUGCACCCCAGAUUGCCAUAAGAUUGGGUCAUAAGCACUGUUGUUGCUAGAAUUUCUUUCAUGUAGGGUAAAGAAAAGUGGUUCCGUUGCCUGACUGCUGCCGGAAUCUGCGAGGCAUCUACAAGCAACGCCGUCGAUUCAGGCAGCCGGCACGGCAAUGCCGGUUCCCCUUGCGCCAUAUCCAACCCCUCCUGUGCCAUUCACACCUCCAAAUGGGACCCAAAGCCAGCUCGUCUGCUCUGGCUGCCGUAAUCUGCUCAUGUAUCCAGCCGGAGCAACGUCGGUUUGCUGCGCAGUUUGCAGUACCGUGACCGCUGUGCCUGCUCCCGGAACCGAGAUGGCGCAGUUAGUUUGCGGAGGGUGCCACACUCUCCUGAUGUACAUACGUGGCGCGACAAGUGUGCAAUGUUCUUGCUGUCACACUGUCAACCUGGCUAUGGAAGCGAAUCAAGUUGCGCAUGUAAACUGCGGGAACUGCCGUAUGCUGCUUAUGUACCAGUAUGGAGCAAGGUCUGUCAAAUGUGCAGUCUGCAAUUUUGUGACAUCAGUUGGGGCCUCACCUGGUGCAGACCAGAAGCCCACCAGCUGAAAGUCCCAUGAAUAUUCAGAAGAGAGCUCUCAAACUGAUGCUUUGAGUGCACAUGUAUAGAGUUCUUCCCUGAAGCAUUUGUUCUUCUUUUCAUCUCCCCUUCCCCCAAUUUCUACCUUCCUUCGUUGGACAUGGAGAACCUGCGGAAUAAACGAGAGUUUUGCUAAUAUCUAGUGCUCAAAAUUCGUCGAAUCGUCUGUAUAACUGAACCGGAUUGGCAGAUUAUAUACACAAACCUAUGAAUGUUUAUCAUUGCUCA